CCCUAUACUGACAUGCCAUGGUUACGGCAUGUUUACAGGAUUAUGUGGGAAGUAACAACCAGAACAAAUGUUUUACACUUUACACGUGAUUCUACGUCAGCAAGGGAAGUUGUUAUCGUUCAGGAACACGUUACUCUAUUGUUCAGUGGAGGAUUUAAUUAAUACUCUGGAAUUCGCUUUACAUUAGAUUUAAAGAUUUGCACUGGUAAAUGUUGCGUAGGCCACGAAGAAGAGGCGCUGUGUGUUGUGAAAAUAAUUAUAAUGAAGCCAUAAUAAUGAAGCUAAAAUGCCAGGAAGUCUAAGUUGGCUGUUAUGUCUUUACACAGGUUGGGACUGAAAAUGGAUUGCGUGAAACACACUGGCGGAUGCCAUUGUGGGGCUGUCCGAUUCGAAGUCUGGAAUUCUCCAGACCUUCUUGUUUUCAAUUCUGUAGUAUUUGCACCAAGAAGCAGAACCAUCAUUUCAUUGUGUCAAAUAAUAAGUUUACUCUUUUACAGGGUUUGGAUAAUCUGACCACAUAUACAUUCAAUACACACAAUGCCAAGCACACAUUUUGUAAGACCUGUGGAGUCCAGAGUUUUUACACCCCACGCUCCAAUCCUGAUGGAUAUGGUGUAGCUCCACAUUGCUUGGACCCAGGUACUGUGCUCAGCGUGACAGUAGAGAAGUUCUGUGGGCAGAAGUGGGAGGAGAGCAUGAAGAACCACCUGACUAUCAAAGGCAUGUCCAAGCCAUAGAUCUAAUCCUGUAACAGACACGGUUGAGCCCAAAG